CGCUGGGCUGCGCGUGCGGCUCUGCGGCGGGAAGGUUCCAGAAGGGCGCGAGCCGGAGCCUUGGCACGGCGGUCUGCCGCUGCCCGUGAGCCCUUAGGGCUGUAACAGGCUUCGGUACAGGCGGUGAGCGGGCCAUGGCCUUCUUUGGGUGCCUGCUGCCAGCCAGUGGCAGAAGUCUGUGGGUGACGGCAGAGGAGGAGAACCAGAGAAAGGGAAACUUGGUCUGUGUGACCCUGACUGAUCUCUAUUGUUUGAUCUUUUGCUGAUAAAGUCGUUCUUAUGGCUUCUGGCGAGCUUUCCAGCCAUAGCGGGCAAGCUGGUGACCCGGCGAGAUGCUGAAGUGAAACCGACAAACACGUAUUAUUCUUCUUCUGAUAUGGAAACAGCGGAUAUCCACAAGGGACCUCGGUGUUAUAUCAACAGGAUACCACAGGGAAACAAAAGGCGGUCAUAACUAACAUGUGGGCAAUACAGCACCUUUAUUACUUCCAAUUAUGGAGCUCUUGUUCCUUUUUUUCCCUAGCAUCUUUGGAUUGCAGAACAGAUUUUUCAGUUCCUGUUCACUGCUUGGGUUUUGUUUUUAUACAAAUAUUUUGUAACUUGUGCCUGGUUGUUUUUUGCCGACAGGAAAAACUUUAAAGCAGUCUGAAUUCUGACUGCAUCACAGCUUCUGUUUAGUGAGAAUGUAGCUCCCUUUAAAUAGCCCAGCUUGAAUUUUCUCAUGCUAAGGGAUAAGGGGCAACCUCAUAAUGCAGUAUUUACCUGUUUUUGUUUGCAAAACUAAGUAUUUGUUUUAAAUGAGCAGCGGCAUUGCAAGGGCCACAGAGUAGCAUUGUCAAACCUGAGGCAUAUCCUCUAAAUUCUACAGGAUUCAGGUAUUUCCAGGUUGCUAGGGUUUUGAGUAACACAUCACUUUGGCACUGCUCUGAAGCGUAGUGGGCGUUUCUGUGUAAGAAUGAUGUUGAUUCUGCUGUGGAGCAUUUGAACUCCUAAUUGUAGGAGGAAUGGCAGUUGCUGGUAACUCACAGCUGAGAGAAGGACAAGCUCUGUUACGACAUGCAAGUGUGUGGUGUGGCGAUUCAACUCAACAGUAACGUGACCUGAUGGUGUUGCGUCACUAACCUUGAGGACACAAAGGAAGAUAAACUAAUUUGCUGCCAUUACAUAAGAGUUGAGUACAAAGCCAAGUGAUGUUUCAGCACAGAUGGCUUCCUUCUCUUUGAUAUGCUGGUGCCAGGCCUUAAGAACCAAAUUUAAUUCUGCUGUUCUCAGAAUUGUAUGAAGAGGGUGAAGAGUGUGAUCCCACGUUAACAUCCAGCCUGCGAAGCUGCUGCCCCUGCUAUGAUGCCCGGGCAGAUCCCCGACCCGUCCCUGACGGCCGGAGCACUGCCAGGGCUCGGCCCUUUGACAGGACUGCCUGGCACCGCCCUGACAGCCGAGGAGCUGAAGUACGCCGACAUCCGCAACAUUGGGGCCAUGAUCUCACCACUCCACUUCCUGGAGGUGAAGCUUGGGAAGAGACCCCAACCUGUGAAAAGCGAGCUUGAUGAGGAAGAGGAGAGGAGGAAAAGGCGCCGGGAGAAAAACAAAGUAGCAGCAGCGCGAUGUCGUAACAAGAAGAAGGAGAGGACGGAGUUCCUGCAGCGGGAGUCUGAGCGCCUGGAGCUCAUGAACGCUGAACUGAAGGCCCAGAUAGAAGAGCUGAAACAAGAGAGGCAGCAGCUGAUCCUGAUGCUGAACCGGCACCGUCCCACCUGCAUCGUUCGGACAGACAGCAUCAAGACUCCCGAGAGUGAAGCCAACCCGCUGCUGGAGCAGCUGGAGAAGAAGUGAAGGUGGCACUGGAGGAGGAGACCGGCACGGGGUCUUCCGGAGUCGCUAAUGUAUGUAUCGUAUGAAGAACUGUGCACCGAGGCCUGGUGCAUCCAGGACCCGAUGGGCUUCCUUGGGAACUAUGGACCAAAAAAAAUUUGGGGACAGAGAAGAUUGGGAAUCUGUCAAACGUCAACUCUGUGGCUGAACCCGGGAGCAGGGCUGGUGGCGCGGGCGAAGGCAACCUCUGUGUGAUACCUCAUCACAGCCCUUCAGCCUGUUUGCGGCCCUGGGGACCCACGGCGCACAGAGAAGGAGGGGGCGGGAGAAGACCUCCCACUCGGCCCUCUUCCCCACAGCCCUCAGAGUGCCCGUGGGGCGCAGGGACGUGGCCUGCCGGAGCCAUCCCCACAGGCUGCCGCCGCACCCGGCGCACACUCGGCACGGAACCCAGCUGCAGAACCGCAGACACUUGACGCGCCCCGUCCGGUGGCAGGCCCGUCGGGGCCCGGUGGCGCAGGCGCCCCCCACAAGCACACUCUCAGUAUAAUGUUUACAGCCCAGCUGUCCGUGUCGGCCGUGCUUUUGAAUGCACAUUUUUACACUUUUUUUAAAGAUAUUUUUUACAAAGUUUUUAUACGGCGAUCUCUAUAUGGAUUUAUAUAAUCACUAGAUGUGAUCCCAUAGAAACGUAUGUUACGAUGGUCUGUUUGUUACAAACGCAUAUGCCGCAGUUAUCUCCACUGUGUUACCUGUCUGGCAGUGGGCUCCUUCCCAGCGCUCUGGGAUGGAGGCCCAGCAGCACUCUGCAGUGCUGCCGCUGCCGCCUCCAUCCAUGUAUGUCCUUCAUAAUAUUCAGUUCUGUAUCUCCCAGUAAAUGUUACCUUUAUGUA